AUGUCGGGCGCAGAUGAGCGUUCACUCAAACGCUUCAAUGGCGAAGAAGAUGACCCGGGACGACAGCUGCGCAGAUGGCGUGCAUGGGCCGAAGCUAAGAUGUACACCAUGGACAAAUUGACAAACAAGCAGCAAGGCCCCUUCUUGUACACCCUUCUCGACGGAAAAGCGUUAGAGGCCGUGGAGCACCUGGAGCUCAGCUCACUCCAGGUGGAGGAUGGGGCCAGCAAGAUCCUCGCCGUGCUCAAGGAGAGGUUUCCUGAAAAGGAGGCCCAUGACCAGAUGGGCGAGGCUCUUGGCGAAGUGUUCGGCUUGGCAGCUCGCGAGAACGAGACAGUUCAGCAGUGGACCGCUCGAGUGGCAGAGGUCUUCACGAAGUGUCAUCGGAAAGCCGAUGUCAAGUUUCCAUCCCCUGCUCAGGGAUGGAUUGCUUUGAACUGUGCUGGCUUUAGCGAGGAGCAGAAGGCGAUCAUCAAAGCCAAGGCUCAGGGCAAGUUGGACCUUGAGUCUGUCACCUCGGCGAUGAGAUCCUGCUCCCCCCUCUACAAGGCCGGUUCCAAGGCCAAGCGGCCUACCACAGCGUUCCUCGCAGAGCCUUCCGAGAUCGACGAGACGAUUGAGGCGCCUGAAGACUUCGCAGAUGUGGAGGCAUUCCUUGCAGACCACCAGCUGGGAAGUGACCCAGAUGAAAGCAUCCCAGAGAACGAGGCUGCAGAAGCCCUUGCAGCCACAUGGAAGGAACGUCGUGCUGAAAUAGCCCGCUUCAAGAAAGAUCGCAAGUUUGACUCUGCCCAGCACAGCAAGAAGUCAUUCAGAGUUGAGAUCGAAGAACUCAAGCGAAGGACACGCUGUCGGAAGUGUGGUCGAGUGGGCCACUGGGCCAGAGAGUGUCGCUCUGGAGGUGGAAAGGGCGGCUCCUCGUCUUCAGCAGCCAGCAGGCCGACGGCUUCGUCUACGACUGGCGUAGUGGAGGCGCAGCUGGUCGAGCAGGAGGUGUCCCUGGCGCAGUACGAAGUCGACCCCGCUGAGGAACCCUCCGAUGUGAUGUUCGUUGGAAUGGCUCAGGUCGCCGCUCAGGCAGGAGUGCCUGUUCUGGCGGCGGGACUCGUGUCUUCACCGGGUUUCGGGGUUGUAGACUCCGGCUGUGGACGCACGCUCAUCGGAAAGGACACGCUCCAGCAGCUCGAGGCAAAGAUAGGCAGCAUGAUCGGCAAGACGCUUGAGACCUACCAGGCCACGAGUUCGUUCAGGUUCGGGAAUGGCGCCACGGAGGUUUCAAGCAUGGCCGUGAAGAUACCUGUGGGCAUCGGAGGGGUGCCUGGCAUCAUCGAUGCGGCGGUCAUCCAAGGUCGAGCUCCUCUUCUGUUGGGGCGUCCAACCUUAGAGAAGCUACAGGUCUCCUUGAACUUCGGCAACAAGACGAUGCGGUUCCUGAACGCUCAGGAGGCCGUGCCCAUGAAGGUCAAUGAUGCUGGCCAGCUUCUCAUCGACAUCCUCAGCUACCCCAGCCGCAUGGUUGCUCAUAAGCCUGUUCUUCCCGCUGCGGAUUCAGUAGAGGCAUCUGGGUGUAAGAAUGAUGUGGCUCAGGACGUCACGUGUGGCUUGCAGCCUUCACUGGAGGGACAUGUUGCAGUGGCGGAGUUGUUCUCGCCCCCUCGCCUGACUGAACAGGCUCGCCAGCAUGGAGCAACGGGGCUGGCGUUUGACAUUAAGCAGGGGUGUGAUUUAGGAUGUAGGAGCACGCAGAAGGAGGUAGACCAGUUGCUUGAAGAGGCCAGACCUGCCUUACUCACAGCAUCUCCCCCAUGCAUUCAUUGUGGUGACUGGGACAGUCUUCACAUGAUCCACAGGACGCCUUUGGAAAGAGCCCGCAUGCUGAUGGUGAGCCGUCAGCAGUUUCGCUUUUGUGCCCAGCAGAUACAGCGCCAACUGGCGCGCGGCGGUCAUUUUCUCCUUGAACAUCCGGAGCGAGGACCUGUCCCGGAUGCCACAGGCAUCAGCACAUCCAGGGCCAUGCAAGUUCGGGGGGUGAUCCCCUGGACUGGACUGCCUUGGAAUGCGAAUGCCUCGCAGGAAGCGCUUUCCAAAGAGCACCUGAGAUCCCGAGACAACACGAAGCGCCUGCAGCAAAUGAGCAACCUGAAGAUCCCCAAGAACAGCAGUCAAAAAAUCCCAUGCGUCAACAUGGUUGACUUCGCCACCUCCCUUCAGGUUAUGGUUCCAUUGCAUCGCACCGAAACUGGUGAAACCACUCGAGACGCUCUUCGCGAUCGGUGGGUGUCGUGGGCCGGCCCUCCUCAGACCCUGUGCUUAGACCCUUCUCAGCCCAACCUUUCACAGGUUUUAGGCGCGUUCUGCAACAACACCGGCAUCGACAUGCGACAUACUGCCGCAGACGCCCACUGGCAACUAGGCAAAGUGGAGCGGCAUGGCCAAUGGUUGUGUCGGGUUUUCCAGCGCGUUCUGGAUGAGAUCCGUCCCCAGUCAGAACCAGAGUGGCGUGAUUGCCUGUCCCAUGCUCAAUCCGCUAAAAACACCCUCCUGACUGAAGCGGGCGCCAGUCCGUACCAGCUUGUUUUCGGGCGCAAUCCGCGCGUUCCCACGGAUCUUAUGCAGGAGGCGCCUCACCUGGGUGCCGUCGAUGCCGAACAGGCAGAACCAGCCACAGUGGCAGAGUUUCCGGAGAGCGAGCUCCUAGGCGUUAAGACACUGCUUGAAAAGGGUCAAUUCCCGAAAAGCCAAUUUGUGGAUGUCACUCAGGAGAGCCGCCCUCCAGAGGCCCCUGAAGAGGCUCAGGCCACGGUUGAUGAGCCGUCACAAGGCCUUGCGGGUCUCAAUGCAGCGCAGUGGCUGGAACAGCACAGGCAGACAGCAGCAGGGACCGAGAGCCCGAAAGCUCCAGAAGUGUCUUGCUCGGCCCCUGCCAGGGCCAACGCAGAACCCUACCCUACAACACUUCCUGAAGCCAGCCCAAAGGAAGAAUCGUCAUACGCCCCUGUCAGACGCAUCGUCCGCAAAACUCCUGAGAGCAACCUCCGUCUCCGUAGAUUGCCCGACUCUAAUCCUGAAGACUUCGCUGAAAUGAUGUCUGAAAUUGUUCCUCGCCUUAUAGCCCAACUACCCCAAGAGGUCCCGGGAGCAAGCCCUAGUAGUAGCUCAGACGUACCGCAGACUGUGCAACCAGAGACCCCCAGAGCCAGUAGCCAGAAGCGGGCGGCCAGUAAUGAGCCGACAGAGUCUCCUGAAGGUGUGAGGUCUCGAACUGUGUCCACAGAGGCUCUCUUUUGUCAAGAAACUCUGGAUAUGGAGCACUUGCAUAGCAGCCAUGUGGAGAUUCUGAUGGCUGCAUUUCUGCAGAAGCGAGCUCAGAAAGAGCUCCCCGCCACCGGAAAUACUCCGGACAUGCAGCAUCGCAUCGACGAGGCAAAACUCGUUGAGUGGGAGACGGUGUCCGGCAAGGCAGCUGUAAGAGUGCACACGGGGGCUAAGGCCAGAGAAAUCAAGGAGAAGUUCGGGCAUAGGUUCAUCGGCAGCCGGUUUGUAGUUACGAACAAGGUUGAUGAAGAGGGAUCUAGAGUAAAGGCGAGAUGGUGCUUGCUUGGACACAACGAUCCCGACUUCCAUCAGAAGAUUGCUUCGGGUGAGUGUCACAGCCCAACGAUGCACCAGUUGUCGCGCGCCUGGCUGCUUCAAGUCCUUGUCUCCAAAGGCUGGACCCUAAACCUAGGCGAUAUAAAAGGCGCUUUCCUCGAAGCAGGUCCAAUCCCUGAAAAAUAUCGUCCUCUAUUCGCCGCGCAACCCCCUGGAGGGAUUCCGGGCGUAGACCCCUCAGCUGUUAUAGAAAUAGUGGGGAACCUCUACGGCGCUAACGAUGCGCCGGCCCAGUGGUACAAGGAGUUUGAUGCUCAGGCGCAGGCCGCAGGGUUCCAGCGUAGCAUCUUCGACCCAUGUUUGUACUACUACCGAGAGCCUCAAAGAGGGCUAACGGGGAUCCUAGGGGCACAUGUGGAUGAUACCAUACCGGGGGGCGAAGGGGAAGCGUACAACCGAGCCAUUCAGAGGCUAAAGGCGAGGUUUCAAUAUCGUAAAUGGAGACAGGGCAGUGGGGAAUUUUGCGGAGUUCAAUACUUCCAAGACCCUGAGUCUAAAGAGAUCACUUAUGAUCAAAAAGCAUACGCGCAGAACAUAAGACCCAUCGCCAUGACAAAGGAUCGACAGAAGCAGCGGAAACAGCUGGCGAAUGAACGUGAGAUCACGGCUCUCCGAGCAGUGAACGGUGCCCUCAACUGGCUUGCGUCCCAAACCCGUCCUGAUAUCAGCGUUCAGGCCUCCUUCUCACAGCAGGCGUUCCCCAGUCCUACUGUUGAGCACCUCCUGUCCGCCAAUGAGGCGGUGCACCGAGCCCGUCAGUACAGUGACGUGGCGCUCACUGUUCGUCAUGUGCCCUGGGAAGAUCUCAAUAUAGUUUUCCAUAGUGACGCUGGGUUUGCUAAUGCUUCACAGGGUAAAACCCAAGCCGGGUACAUCCUCGCGUUCACAACUAGUCAGUUGGCCAAAGAUCAGCCCAGUGUGUGGUCACCCUUUUGCUGGAAAUCAUACAAGAUGUCCCGAGUAGUGGCGUCCACGCUUGCUGGUGAGACGCAGAGUUUCGCUACUGCGAGUGGAAUCUCUGAGUGGAUGUCUCUCAUGGUGUCAGAGGCUAAGCACGGGUGUUUCGACCUUAGGGCCUGUGAAGAUCACCUUAGAUGUGUGCCCAUCACAGGGGUGACAGACUGCAAGUCCUUGUUUGAUGCACUCAACACUCCGACAUCGCCAGGCAAGAUUGAAGACAAACGCGUCGCCAUUGACCUGGCAAUCGUUCGCCAGUCCAUGUCUCGUUGUGGUUUGCAGGUCAGGUGGUGUCCCACUCAGCUUAUGAUUGCAGACGGGCUCACCAAGAACCAAGCAGAUCCCGCUGACCUCAUGCGCGCAUUGCUAGCUAACGGGGUUUAUCAGCUGUCUAACGAGGCCGAGGUGUUGGCACAGAAGAAGGCGCAACGAGACAGGCGUGUCCAGAGAAAGCCUUUAGGGAGCACGAACAGCCCGAACUAUGAGCAGAGCCAAACUCCAGGCGCAGUCUUUCGAAAGGUGUACCUAGAUCACGAAGCUACUUCAUAUCAUUCCCCUGAAGAAGAACACAUCGUUCAAGGCAAGGCUGUUCGUCGCACCUCUUUCGACGCACGCAGCGGGAAAGUUCUCGCGUCAGAGGACCUCCAGGAGUCCUUACUGUGCGAAAAGCAGUGGCUAUCCAGCCCUGUGUCCUUGCUUCGAACAGAGAUCUGGUAUGAAAGGCAACCCUUUUCGUGCACCUUGGACCGCAUGGCGCCCAAGCAGAAGACCAGCUCACCCUCCUCGUCAUCGGUGUCUCCAGUUGAGCUUCGGCAUCUUGUGGAGCGCCUUCAGGCGGAAGGGCGUGGAGAUGAUGUGGUGAACGUGCUCCAGCAGGCCUUCGGUACGACGCAAGCCUUGAGCUCCAACCAGGAAAUGAUGCAUGGCAUGACGGAUGCCCCGAAGAGGCGUCUCAGUGACCAGGACGUGGAGGACUACGGCUUUGAGCACGUGCGUGAGCCCUCAGACCAGGCUCCGCUACAUCCUGCGCCAACAGUGGCAACCACGGUGAACCUCCCCACAGGCGUGACCAGCCUGGAACAGUGGAGCACCACGCUCUGCACAUUACCAAAGGUGGCAAGUCUUCAGCUGAGCUACGCUGAACUUGUAGAGCGGGCCAAGAACGAUGCCAGCGUCCGCAGCUACAUUGAUGGCUUCGUUGUGCCCUUCAACGGCAGCUCCGCGAAAGUAAAGGAUCUGCAGAGGUACCUCAAGACCUCCGGCUACCAGGUGCCUGUGACCUACUACGAAGGAAGCAAAGAUCCUCGAGUCUUCAAGCAGUGA